GGGAGGCCUGAAGAACCCGCUUCCGGAGAAAGGGAACUGGAGCUGCAGAACGCUCAUCCUUGCAUUUAGGGGAUGGAGGAGGGCCGAGCAUAGUGUCAUGUACCGCUAGGGUCACUGGACUUAGGAAAGAGCAAUUACUGAGGUGUGAAAGGGUGGCCCACAGAGUAGAUACUUUUAUCAGGGUAACAAUUUAGGAGUGGCUGCCCCUCCCCCAUGUUUAAAGGUCUAGUGGCCGAGGGGAUCGGCAGGGGACCAUGUAUGGAUGUAUAGAACUGCGAGGGGUCAGAACUGAGUCAUGGGAGCUCUGGGCCCUGAACCCGCCUCCAGCUAGGUCCCGGAAGGCACUGCGCGGGAAGAGGCCGCCGCGUUUGCUGGAGCCGCUGAAGGAUGUGGUGCUGAUUGAGGGCAGCGCGGCCAAGCUGACUUACCGCUUCGGCUUUCCCGGACCCGUUCAUCCACUGGAGCAAGGAUGGCAAGGAGCUGCGCGACGGGCCCAAGUAUCGCUAUGUCUUCAGAGACCCGAACGUAGUCGCACUGGUGUCCCGGCGAAGACUCAGAAGGGACCGAAUGACACAAAGGCAUGCAAAGUCACCACGGUUACGCUGACUGCAGAGAUCUUGGGCGAGCCUGCGCCGGACGUGGGCUGGACCAAGGACGGCGAAGACAUCGAGGAGGACGCCAGGGGAGGGUGGGGACCUGCUGCAAGGAUAGCGCCUGGAGCCAGAGCUUGGGCGGCACAGGGCCCAGAAACGCAGGAGUGGGACGGGGGCGGGAAAAUGGGAGGCGAAGAACAGAGCUGGCUAAUUACUCCUGCCCAGGUCGCGCGUAAACUGAUUCGAGGUCCUGCCAUCCCCCUCUUCCCCGCUAGAGUUUUCUUCGGUAAUCAGCAGCACCACCACGACGCUGACCAGCCGCCGGGCCACGACCAAAGACAGCGGCAAGUACGAAGUGUAUGUGGAGAACAGCCUGAG